AUGUCGUUCAUACGUGUCGCACGGUUUAUGCGGUGGGGUGCGGGCAGGCGGGCAUUUUCGCGGAGUGCACUUAACGGCCAAGCAUCUCGCACGCGACUCGUUACAGGUAUAAUUUCUGCAGGAAUUGUACUGGGAGUAUAUACUGGCCAUUCACUCUCGCACCCGCUAAACCUUGACUCUGCGAGCUCGGACAAGAAGUCAGCUGCGCACGGGGACUCUGCUCCGAAGUACAUUUCCUACCAGGAGGUUCAGAAGCAUAACACACCAGGAAGUUGUUGGGUCAUCAUCGAGGGCCAGGUCUACGAUGCCACUUCGGUGCUUAAAUGGCAUCCAGCAGGUCCGACAGUAAUUUUGAAGAACUCAGGAAGGGAUGCGACGAAGGCGUUUCUUCCUGUCCACCCGCCGGACACGCUCUCGCAUCUUCCGCCUGAAGCACAUCUUGGACCCGUCGACCCUGCGACUGUGCCGGUAGAUCACAAACAGCCUACAGAAGAGGAAAUCCGGAUAGCGAAAGUGAAGGAGUUGCUUCCUCCUCCUUCGGCUGCAUUGAACUUGAACGACAUAGAGAAAUUCGCCCACCAGGUGCUCACCAAAACAGCAUGGGCGUAUUACAGAUCGACUGCAGACGAUGAUAGCUCGUACGCAGAGAACAUCGCGUCCUUCAAGCGCUUCUGGUUCCGCCCACGCGUCCUGACAAAGUCUUUCCAUGUGUCAACUGCGACAUCUAUGCUGAGUUUUCCUGCGUCACUGCCGAUAUUCAUUGCCCCCGCUGCCCUUGCGCGCCUGGGUCAUCCGGACGGUGAGAUGAACCUCGUGCGAGCCGCAGGCAAAGAGGGCAUCCUUCUAGGUAUCUCCAACAACGCGAGUUGCUCGACGGACGAGUGUAUGUCCGCCGCCUUACCUGGCCAAAAUCUCAUUUUCCAGGUGUACUUGAACAAGGACCGCUCGGCCUCUGAGGCGCUCAUUAAGCGCGUAGAGAAACAAGGCUUCAAGGCAGUCAUGUUUACAGUAGAUGCGUCCGUUCCUGGCAAGCGCGAGCUCGACCAGCGCGCGAAGGAGGAUUUCACGGACAUGCCUGCAGCGUACGGAAAGUCGGAAACGGGCCUGACCGGCGGACUCGGAGUAGCCCAUGCUAUAUCUGGUUACCAGGAUCCCGAACUUUCCUGGGAGGACAUUCCUUGGAUCCGAAGUCUCACGAAGCUGCCUGUCAUUGUCAAGGGCAUCCAGUGUGUGGAGGACGCAGAGAAGGCAUUCGCGUACGGAGCGCAAGCGAUCAUUCUCUCCAACCAUGGUGGGCGCGAAUUGGACUACGCCCCGGCACCUAUGACGAUCCUGUACGAGAUGCACCAGCAACGACCGGAUCUUCUCCGCGAGCACGAAGUGUACAUUGAUGGGGGCGUGACGCGCGGGACGGACGUGCUGAAGGCGCUCUGCCUUGGCGCGCGGGGCGUUGGUCUCGGACGCGCGUUCUUGUACGCCAACGGCGUGUGGGGCGAGACGGGCUGUCGGCGGGUUAUCCAGAUCAUGCGUGAGGAAAUAGAGACGGGCAUGCGACUGCUGGGUGUGACGAGGAUCGAUCUGUUAACGCCGAAGCUGGUACGAUAUGUCGAUCGGGACCUGCCCCGCCCGCGGCUGUAA